AUGAUUGGAAGAAUAUUAGUGCACAGAUUCUUAAAGAAUUAUUUUCAAUCUUACAAAUUCUCCACGACCCCUAAGCUUUUGGAUCUAAGCGAGUUUUUUGAUGAUCAAAAAAACUGGGGCGAAUCAACCGUAUACAGUGGGAGACCAUGGCGCAAGGAAGAGCUUCGACUGAAGAGUAAUGUUGAUCUACAUAAACUAUGGUAUGUGCUUUUGAAGGAGCGUAACAUGCUGAUGACUAUGGAGGAAGAGCAUUUACGUUGUUUGGAGCGUAUGCCUAACUCUGAGCGCUUCGAAAAGGUUGAGGAGAGUAUGGAGAAUCUCCUAAUGGUCGUGGAAGAACGUAACCGUGCAGAAGAUGAAUUAGAGAAGGGUGAAUGGGUUGGUCCAAAUGUUGUAGAGUUAGUGGACCCGUUAGGUCGUGCAGUUCAAACACUAACGAGUGAACAUCUUUCUCCUAAAGUUAUACCAAGUCAUGCAGAGUCAGACGAGAGCAUGUGGAGUGAAAGAACAAUAAACCUGUUGAGAUUGGAACGCGAGCAAAAAAUCAUCCGCAGGCGCGAAAACCAACGAAGACAGCGUUACUUUGAACGACUUAAACAGUGGAAUAAAAGUGACUAUCUAAACGAAAAUUCGAUUGAAAAACAAACAAUGUGA